AUGCUCUCGACAGCAGCUUCCAUCGACGCGCUUUUGGCUGCCGCCACGUCGGACCCGUACCACGGCCUUCCACGCGCUGUCGUCCUCGCCGCUUCUUCAACCGAUCCCGAUGUGUACAGCAGAAAAGCCGGUUACGCUCGCCUUCCGCCAGGGCCAGGUUCGCGAGACGCGCUCGACAAGGAGGGCGUGCCAGUGACGGACGAGUCGGUCUUCGAGAUCUUCAGCUGCACGAAGCUGGUCUCCGUCAUUGCCUGCCUUCAGCUGGUCGAGCAGGGCAAGCUGCGGCUGGAGGACGAUGCGCGGGUGUAUGUGCCGGAGCUGAAGGAGGCGAAGCUGUUCAUCGGAUUCGACGAGAUUGGCGACCUCGUCUUCGAGGAGAACUCGUCGCCUAUCACAAUCAAGGCGCUGCUCAUCCACACGGCGGGCUUCAAGUACGACUUCGUCGACACCCGCUUCCCCAAAAUCGCCGAAAAGCUCGGGAUUCCCUCCGCGCCAUACUACAAGGGUGCUGUACGGGAAUGGCUCACGAAGACGCCGCUGUUGGCCAAGCCCGGCGAGCACUGGAGCUACGGUCCGAACAUCGAUUGGACGAGCCUCAUCGUCGAGUUGAUGAGCGGCCUUCCUCUCAACGAGUACUUCCAGAAGCACAUCUUCGCUCCACUCGGCAUUCACGACAUGUCCUUCAUGCCGAACCCUCAGCAGAUCACCAUGGCCUACGCCGACCCCUCUGACUCUUCGAAACCGCACACCAUCGGUCCCAACCCGCCUCUCUCCGAAACUCAGCACUUUGGUGGCGCCGGUCUCAAGGGCUCGCCUCGCUCGUACCUCAAGAUCCUCCGCUUGCUCUUGCGUGGCGGCGAGCUCGACGGCGUCCGCCUUCUCAAGAAGGAGACGGUCGACCUCAUGUUCCAAGACCAGCUCGAGACCGACCAGCAGCGUCGAGACCUUCGUACGUGGUGCAAGGAGAACGUUUGUCCGUCGACGCGACGAGCGGCGGAGGUGUCGAAGGACAUGACCCAUGGUCUCGCGGGCGUCUUGACCGGCAAGGACCUUCCGACGGGUCGUGGAGCCGGCGCUAUGGCGUGGAGCGGACUCGCCAACACCCACUGGUGCAUCGACCGAGAGAAGGACGUCGCCUUCGUCGUCUGGACGAACUUGUUGCCCUGGGGCGACCAGCGGUUUUUCGACUUGUACUACGAUGUCGAGACGGAGCUGUACAAGGGGCUCAAGCAGUAG